ACAGCGUGCAUCUUUCGUUCAACAGAUCCUGGCGCAGUACGCGAAACUGUGGAAGUUGACAUGUUUUCUCGAUGUCACUCGGUGCUAUCCACUUAUAUCCUGUUGCCAUGGCUAUUGCUGCUAUUUUCAGCACUGCGUAGCACAGAAAGGCACGUGCUUGCGCUGCGUUACGCUCAAGGCACCGGCGAUGAAAAUUGCGAAACUUUGAAAUCGGAAAUACAUCUUAUCAAGGAGGAAUUCGAUGAGCUUGGGCGGAUGCAAAGGACUUGCAAUGCGGAUGUGAUAGUAAAUAAGUGCGAGGGACUGUGCAAUAGCCAGGUGCAGCCGUCCGUCAUUACGCCGACGGGCUUUUUGAAGGAGUGCUACUGUUGUCGGGAGAGCUUUCUCAAGGAAAAAAUAAUCACUUUGACGCACUGCUACGAUCCGGAUGGUACCCGGCUCACGUCGCCCGAAAUGGCAACCAUGGAUAUACGGCUGCGUGAGCCCACCGACUGUAAGUGCUUCAAAUGUGGCGACUUUACGAGAUAAGCGCCAAAAAGCACAAAGUAAGAAAUGCAAUUUUUUUCGAGCCUCACUCAAAUAAAUGCUCAA